AUGCUUAGGAGAUAUAUACAAAUCGUCUCCGGAAACAACAAAGGUCCAAACACAACGCAGAAAGCAAAGCAGAAAGCAACGCAGAAAGCAACGCAGAAAGCAACGCAGAAAUCAGAACAUGCUAUCGUCUCUCAAUUCGAAGCCGCCGUCCGUUACCACCGUGAGGUGAUGACUUGCAUAGCCGCCAUCUGUCACCGUCGCUGUCGCCUGCUGCGGUGGUUCGCUUGA